AUGGAAGUUGUUGUAAGUUUUUUAAGUGGAUGGGCCGGUGGCAUAAGUAACCUGCUCGUCGGUCAUCCCUUUGAUACCGUAAAAACCUUGAUGCAAGGCAACAAAGGGGAAUAUAAAAAUUCUCUUCAUUGCGCGAAACGUAUUGUGAUGGAGGGAGGACCCUUUGCCCUCUAUAAGGGUGUUAUUGCUCCAAUGACGGGAACAGGUGUCGUCAUGGCUCUUUACUUUGUUGCUUACGACGCCACCGAAACCCUAAUCCGUAAACUGAAGGGUGUGGAUUCACUCACUCCAUUGUCUAUGGGUGAAAUCAUGUUGUGUGGCGGCAGUACUGGAGUGCUUGGGUCCCUGGUGCUUGGACCUGCAGAACUCCUGAAAGUUCGACAGCAAACCGCACUAAGCUCCGGUGCCCGUGGGUCAUUGCGUGAUGUUAUUUUAAAUAUUUAUCGGAAAGAGGGACCAUUGGGUUUCACACGUGGGAUCGGUGCCACUAUGCUGCGUGAUGUUCCUGGAAGUAUGGCCUGGUUUGGGGCCUAUGAAUACACAAAGUUGCUGUUGUGUAAAAACCCAAAGGAUCCUUCUGUAGGUGAGGCACUUUUUGCCGGUGGGAUGGGAGGUAUAGCCGUAUGGUCCUUCUCACUUCCUCUCGAUUGCAUUAAGACACGAGUGCAGGCAAGCCCUGUACCCCUCACUCCAGUGGUUGCAUUUCGUGCUAUUUUGAGUGAGCACGGAAUCAAGGGAUUCUAUCGAGGCAUCGGUCCAGCAUUACUUCGUGCGUUUCCUGCAAAUGCUGCCUGUUUCGCAGCCCGUGAUAAAACGAAGUCCACACUAAACAAUCUCUGUGGGAUGUAG